AUGCCAGCAUGCAGCAAAAUCCGCCACAUUGUGAGACUCCGCCAGAUGUUGCGGUGGUGGCUCAAGAAAGCGGCGAUGACUUCCCGCCUUAUUCCCUCAGACGUACCCGCCGGACACGUGGCGGUCAAUGUGGGCACCAAUCGCAGAAGAUUCGUGGUUCGCGCGACGUACCUGAACCAUCCCGUGUUCAAAAAACUACUGGUCGAGGCCGAAGAAGAGUAUGGGUUCGCCAACACGGGCCCAUUAUUCAUCCCAUGCGACGAGUCACUCUUCGAAGAGAUCCUCUGUUUCUUGUCCCGGUCCGAGUCGAAUAACUCGACUCGGUUCAUGAAUCUUGAAGACUUUCAGAGACAGUGCCACGUGGGAUUGAAAAGCAACCUUGAGUUCUGGCCUGAGUCUCGACCUCUUCUUCUUCAUGGGUUUAGCGUCAAAUCCACUGGGUAA